AUGGCGUGUGCUGCUUACAGUAUCAGAGGCCCUCUCAAGCUCGCUGCAAGGCACGGCUCGGAUGUGUUGACUAGUAACAACUCGUGCAAUGGCUCCAAGUCUUCGGUGUCUUACCCCAUUGCUCAGUGGUGGAGCAGCAACUGCUCGUCCAUCACAAUGCGGCAUGUUGCCUCCCAUCAUCACUUGAUUGUUAAGGCUUCAGCAAUGUGGCACUCAAACGCUUCAGCAACUGAUGCAGCCACUGCUUCCGAUGAUAGGAUAACUGUACUGGUCAUUGGUGGUGGAGUCAGGGAGCAUGCUCUUUGUUAUGCCUUGAUCCGUUCCCCAUCAUGUGCUGCAGUUCUAUGUGCCCCUGGUAAUGCUGGUAUAGCUCAGUCCGGGGAUGCAACAUGUAUUUCAGAUUUGGACAUCUCCAGUAGUGAUGAUGUUAUCUCGUUCUGCCGCAAGAGGGGAGUGGGAAUGGUUGUAAUGGGUCCUGAAGCCCCUCUAGUCGCGGAUCUUGCAAAUGACCUUGUCAAAGUUGGGAUACCAAUGUUUGGCCCUUCAUCAGAGGCUGCAGCAUUAGAAGGAUCAAAGGACUUCAUGAAGAAGCUGUGUGAUAAGUACAAUAUCCCUACAGCCAAGUAUCGCACAUUCAUGGAUGCUGUGGAAGCUAAAAAAUAUGUAAAAAAUGAAGGAGCCCCUAUUGUUGUUAAAGCUGAUGGACUGGCUGCUGGAAAGGGUGUGGUUGUUGCAAUGACUUUGGGUGAGGCGUUGGAAGCCAUAGACUCUAUGUUGGUUGAAGGUUUCGGUUCUGCUGGUUCACGGGUUGUCAUCGAAGAAUUUCUAGACGCACAGGAUCACAAAAGAGUUGGUGAUGGUGAUGUUGGCCCAAAUACCGGUGGUAUGGGUGCAUACUCCCCUGCUCCAAUAGGGACAGAUGAGCUCAAACGCAUUGUAAUGGAAAGUAUAAUUAUCCCUACUGUUAAAGGCAUGGCAGCUGAAGGUUGCAAGUUUGUUGCCGCAUUAUACGCUGGGCUUAUGAUCGAGAAGAAAUCUGGGCUGCCUAAGCUUAUUGAGUACAAUGUCAGAUUUGGUGAUCCAGAAUGCCAGGUUCUGAUGAUGCGAUUAGAAUCUGAUUUGGCACAAGUUCUGUUAUCCGCUUGCCACGGAGAACUAGGCAAUGUUUCACUAACCUGGUCACCUGAAAUGGCAAUGGUGGUUGUGAUGGCAAGCCAGGGAUACCCCGGCUCUUAUAAGAAGGGGACUGUAAUAAAAAACGUGGACAAGGCUGAGCAGGUGUCUCCAGCUGUCAAGAUAUUCCAUGCUGGGACAGCACUAGAUGGAGAUGGCAAUCUUGUAGCCGUUGGAGGGCGAGUUCUUGGUGUCACUGCCAAGAGCAAGGACAUCGAAGAAGCAAGGGCAAGAGCAUAUGAUGCAGUGGACGCUGUCGAGUGGCCAGAAGGCUUCUUCAGGCGCGACAUUGGUUGGAGAGCACUGAGGCAGAAACAAGUGGCUAACUAG